AUGGUCUUCCUAUACGACAAAGUUCUAAUGCUCAACGCAGCCAACCACCGCCCCAGGCCUCGCACCGUCGACGAUCUGAAUCUGAUGGAGGGCUUACUGAGACCCAAGCGAGAGGUCUACGUCAAGGACAGGGUGAGUUGGGUCCAUGGAGUGGAAGGAGCGAGGCAGAGUGAGAUCAUGGAGUAG